CAUUUUCAGAGAGAGAGAGAAAGAGAGAGAGAGAGGCGAGAAGAGAGAGAUGAGGAACUGAACUCGGACACGGCUUUUAAGAUAGACUUCAACUGUUUUUCCCUUUUUUUUGGUCUGGAGAGCAUCGGUAACUUGCACGUCUCUUCUGUCUGUCCUCCCCGGUCCUUCUUUGUUUUUUUUCGGUGUUGUUCUGGGAAGAAGCGCAGUGAGGAGGGGAAUCCGAUGCAGUUUCGUCUCUUUGCUGUGACUCGGACAGCGCAGUCAGAUUGAGACUGAAGCAGGUCAGUGAGUUACUGAUCGUUUUAAAGCAUAUUGAAUGUGCAGUGGUCAAUAUUUCUGCUGUUUUGAACUUAAAUUAAUACGCACUAUUUAAUGCUAAAUGUAGGAUUAAAACAGGUCAAAUAAUCAGUUUAAAGAUCAUUUUCAAUAUUAUUGUGAGAAACACUCACUGUCUUGGAUUAAUGCUUUUUUAACUGAGUAGUUUUUUCUCCUUUGUAUAAUAAUUUUACCUUACAAUUUUAUUUAUUUGCAGCAUUAUUUUGUUAUUCAAUAUGAACUGUGCUUACCACAAUAAUACCCUCAAGGUUGAACUUCAAUGUGCAUUAUAGCGACUCAUAUUAAGAAUCUGUAUUUGUUCAGAGAGCAUUGUGUUAAGUUUGAUUGUUUUAGUGUUUGAUCUGACCAAUUGUUUGUCUUUUUUCUAAAAUAGAUGAAUAAGUCUAAUAGUAAAGAUGAAUAUAUUUAAACUCAUCGACCUUAUUGUAUUGCAAAAAUUUCGCAGAAUCCACGUGGUCACGUUGUUACAACCAAUAAGCCAUUAAAUUUAAUUUGAGCCCUCUUGUGUUGCCGUUGGCGAGAGGCUAUCCCGGAAAAAUCCCUCGAUCAUGAAAUGGAUUAUAUCAUCAGCGUGAUUUAAUGUCGACAAAAAUAGUCCAUUCAAUUGUCACGCUUUCAAAAAGCAUAAAAGGACCUGAGAACCGAAAUCUUCUAUCAGUGGAGAGAGAGAGAGAGCAAUCACAUCAGCACAAUGGAGGAGUAGAGUGUGCGAAGGCAUGCAGCUGCAGGAGUCAACACAUUAUUAUUAGCCUCUCUCUCUCACUCUCUCUUUUUUACCUGGGUUUGAUGCUCUGUUUAUACUGUGAUUCAGACAAUGACAGGUCAUGGGAUCCAUCUCUGUGUGAUUGAGAGAAAAAAAGAGUGCAUGCUUCAUUAAGAUUUGUGUGAUGAAUGAGUGUGUGCAUGUAUGAAUGAAUGCACGCACAGAUUUGAGAUCAAAUGUUCCUGUCACUUUUAUCUGUCUGUUAGUAGUGGUGCUUUUGUGUCAUAGAGAACUUGUAUAAACUAAUUUUGUCGCUUCAAUAAGGGCUUUGUGGCUCGAAAAAUCUAUGAAUCAUCUGCUCCGCUCUCCUUCUUGAACACAUGAUGUGUUAUGUCCUGCUCUAUUUUGAAAUGUUAUUAUUCUCUGCUCAAACUGCUUUAAAUGGGAACAAGUGCUGCUCUUAGGCCCCCUCUCUGAGCAGUUAGAUGGUCUUGUGUCUGGAUGCUUCUGACUAUAAAGCCCCCUGGUGCCCCGGCUCGAUCUAAUUAGGCAUGAGUAAAGGGGACAAUAAUGCUUCAGCUGGUUUGUGUCAUUCUCUUCUCUCUGGCUCUGCUUAUCUUCACAAGUCACACACACACACCAGACACACACUCAUACAUAGAGUCAGGCACACACACACACUUCCAGUGGAAAAUGAUGGAUGACGGUGCCCAAUGGGUACAAACAGGUAGAUAAAGCCAAUCCCUUUUAAUAACAGCAUGGAUCGGAAUGAUAAUCUUGUUGUUCAUUAGCUGCUCUGGCUGCACAGUCUUAGAGUCAUUACACUCAGUUCUCACCCAGUGCAGGGGCUACAGAGAGAGAGGGAUACUGUUCUCCAGUCAAGGAUAGCAUCCCUCGCUGAAACAAUACUGCUGUGUCCUUGAGAAAGACAGAGAGCACCCCCCCACCACCACCACCACACACACUCUUCACCAGCCCUCUGUCACCCUCUCCCAUCUUUUGUUCCAGCACAGAUACAAAUAGGAUUAAUGAAGGUAUAAAUUACAGAGGGCUAAAUCCUGCUGAGUAAUCCAUUUGGCAAACAUGCAAACAACAAUGGGAGCUUGCUGCAGAAGCUACACUGCCUGAACCUGACCAGCUCACUCUCACAGGCCAGAGAAACAGGCAGCAGCACACACUCGCAGGCUGACCACUGCAGCCAUAGAGACAUGUUGCUGUGGAGAAGAAGAAAAAAAAAAAACCCUUUCAGUGCUACUAGCAUCAAUAACCGCAGAACCACUGUCCGCCCAUUCAUGCUGGAACAGAGGGAGUCCUUGUUGGUUCAGGUUCAAGCAUGUGUGACAGCAAUUAUUCUCAAGCAUGAAAUAUCUUACACUUACGAUUAGUGCAAUUCUGAUGAUUGAUCUAUUGUGUGUUAUAGCAGUUUGGACCAGAAGUGUUGAUGUUUUUGGAUCUACCUGCAAACUGAGCUGCUCCUUUUCACUGGAAUGUCAAUUAUUCAGGUAGCGGGCCCUCUGCUGACCCACCACCACCACUAAUUUGUUGAUUUUAGAAGUUGACAAGCUCAAAGGGGCUGAGCUCAUCAGCACACUGCUCCUGGCAACAUGCCUGUGAUUUAAUGACUGAUGACUGACACACACACACACACACACACACACACACACACACACACACACACACACACACACACACACACACACACACACACACACACACACACACACACAGAGUGGGUCCAUCAUUAGAUCAAAGCAUGAUCGGCGCCUUAAUGACUUGUAUCGUGCAUACCUUAUCAUCGCAGUUAUGAGGGGGGGAGUGUGUCCAGGUAUCAGGAGCUUCACGUGACACCCAUGGCCAACAGCCAACCCCCGUGAUUCUGUGACGUCAGGUCCAGGCGUCAGAGAGGCGGCCAGUCUAGGCUCCGGGACCCUCCAAUUAUUCCCUGUCAGUCACACAAAUUCACAAACACACACACACACACACACACACACACACACACACACACACACACACACACACACACACACACACACAUGUAGGCCUGUGUAGGCACGGACUACUCAUUUGAAAGCACGGCGCUGCAGCUAAUUCCUAGAUGCCUUAGAAUAGAAUAGAAUAGAAUAGAAUAGAAUAGAAUAGAAUAGAAAUUACGCACAUAUUUGGUCAUGUCUUUAGGCCAUUCACAAAAAGGUCUCACUCCUCCACAUUGACAAACACCAUCUUACAUUCAUCAUUUAAUUAUGUAACACUAUGUUGACAAACAGCAUAUAAAUACCUCUAUAAAUGACGCUUUAAAUUAAGGGUUUGUAUUUUUGUCAUGUCUCUGAAUAUGGGCGUUAAAGGACACUGUGAUCAAAAUCAUUUGGGUUUCAUAGGUAAAAGGCCUCACUCGCGCCCAUCCCUUCUACCACAAAGUGAGAAAGAGGCGCCAUUAGUAUGCAAAUUGUGUUUGAUGACUCCGUCCCCGAGACAAAACCUCUGUUUUUACGCGAGGAAUGCCCUGCUACUAAUUAAAGACAAUUAGGCGCUCCUGACAAUGGGGGCCAAUUUCGGGGUCAUAAACCGACUCCUCCUCUGUUGGUUUAAGAGGUGGUGAAGACGCUGUUUAUUUACAUAACACCAGUCUGAGAAAAUAAAAAACAACAACACCUACAAUUAUAGUCUGUAAUGUUGCGCAAUAAACUGCAUUUAUUAUUAAAAUCCAAAUAAAUUAGAUUAUUUAAUCCUUCUUAAAUUUUAAUUUCCAUUCAAACAGCUUUACGCAGGUGAGGAUGAUUUACAAAAGAUCACUCUAUAAAAGGUAGGGUUAAUUCCAAGCCUCAUAUUGUGCAGUCUGAUUUCUCCUCUCGUGUAAGAUGUCUGUCUUUAGGCUUUAAACUGCUGCUAAAAAAGCAGAUUAUCACGGGCCGAUUGCUCAUUCAGCGUGAGAGAAAGACCCCCGAGAAAAUUACGCUGCUGAUUGAUAAGUCUUUUAGUUUUUUCGGUGCAGGGAAAAUGGAAAUUGAAAGACGGAGAGCAGGGAUGCAGCGAGCCAAUUGUGGCAGGGGUUUGCUGUGAUUGGCCAAAGGCGAGGCCCCGCCCCAUGUGGCUUGAUAUGGGAAUUCUGGCGCCAGCCGCAUCAGUCUGCGUCACAUCUCAUUAAUGAGUGAGCGCCGCAUGGAUCAGGAGGUUUACACAUCAGAGCCGUGUUUGCCAUCAGCUGAUCAAACUUGCAACAGGUAUCCAGAGGAAACAUUUGUGCUUGAUUUCAUUUGUGUGGGGCUGAAAUGCAUUUCUUCGACAGACACAGAUUUGCAUUUCGGAUACUUUUGUCUCGAUCUUUUAACACCAAGAGUGCGAAUGUGUGCAGAGUUUAUAUCACGUGUCGACCGCUAUGAUUAGAUUACAAAAUGAUGCCAGUUUUUCUCUGAAAGGAGAGUUUGCGUAAAAACACUUUGUUUCCGUCUCAUUACAGGUUUGAGAACUGAGGAGAAAGUAAGAGACCGGGCUGUUUGAGGAUCUACUUCUUACCCCUCUCGAGACUUUCCCCACUGGAAGAACUUUAAAGAGACUUAAAAUCUCAUUUGGAGGCAAACAGAGCAAAAAAAAAAAGAAAAAAAAAAUAGUCCACGUCUUCAGUGAAAAGGAGCUUUAGACAUGGAGGUCGCAGCAGCCGAUCAGUCUCGGUGGAUGGCGCACCAUCACGCAGUGCUGAACAGCCAGCACCCGGACUCUCACCAUCACAGUCUGAGCCACAACUACAUGGAGCCCAUGGCGCCUUUACUGCCCCAGGACGAGGUUGACAUGUUUCUGAACCACUUGGACUCACAAGGGAACCCCUAUUACACCAACUCCCGGGCCAGAGUCACGUACAGCCAAGCACACGGUGAGCUGCGCUUUAUUUACAGUCACUCUUUAAUCUAAUGAUGUGCUGGAAACACACGUCCAAAAAGUGUCUCAAUAUGUAUUAUAUUUUGCAGACAACUUUUUACAUUUAAUAUUAUGAAGCUAUGUAUUUAAUUGACUGUUAUAAAAUGUAAACAGACGGUCCCGAAACGAUGCGUGCAGCGUACCAUUAUUUGCGUAAAGAGUCCGCCUUGACUUUUCUGGGCUACAUCAGCAACAUAAAAGGAUUUUCUAGCAAAUGACAGCGAGGGGAAAGGGAAGUAUGUCAUUUAACCCCUCUGUGUUGGGGCAGGGAUUUCUGCAGGGAGAGAGAGAGGCACUUCCCGGAUAUAAAAUAAAAACCGCAAAAUAACUAAUAACAAUCUUUAGUCCGAGAGCUGGAGCCGAUGAAAAGAUACUGACCUGAAGAGCGGAUAUUUGAGUGUGUUUUUCUGUAGAUUAUAGACUUUAAUUAUCUCUGUAUCAAAUAGAAAGGGUGAUUCGACUGUCCUUUACGAAAAUCACUUUAUAUAAUCAAUAAUGUGUGGACAAUCUUUGUAAUAACCUGCAGUAUUUCACAACGCCUCCUAAAUGUCGGAUAGGUUGACAGGUAAGAAAAUGUUUAGGUCUGAAAUCUGGCAGCAGUCGUGUGUGUGAAGUCUCUGCGUUAAAAUAAUAAAAAGAGGGGUUUUAAAUGUAAGCCUGUUUUAUUUGAUUCCAGCUCGCCUCACUGGGAACCAGGUUUGCCGACCACACCUCAUCCACAGCCCCGGUAUUUCCUGGCUGGACCCCGGGAAGGCAGCCCUGUCAGCGGCCCACCACCAUAACGCAUGGGCGGUCAGCCACUUCAGCAAACCCGGCCUGCACACCACCAGCUCCGGCUACCCCUGCAGCAGCAGCACCGGCACGGCUCCUGUGGCCUCGCUCACUCCGGCGUCACACUCCAGCCCGCACCUCUACAGUUUCCCACCUACCCCACCAAAAGACGUGUCCCCGGACCCUGGCCCAACCUCUCCGACCUCCACGUCCACCAGGAUGGACGAGAAGGAGUCGCUCAAGUACCAGGUGCCCCUGACGGACGGCAUGAAAAUGGAGAGCUGUAGUCCGCUUCGCAGCGGCCUGGCCUCGAUGAACAGCCAGGCCACGCAUCACCCCAUACCGACCUACCCGGCCUACUCGCUGCCUCCACACGAGUACGGCGGCAGUCUCUUCCACCCCGGCAGCCUGCUCGGAGGGUCCUCCUCCAGCUUUACGCCAAAGUGCAAAAGCAAAGCCCGGUCGAGCUCAGGUGAGUCUUGUGCGAGUUUGCGUGGGUCACGUCACUUUGCAGAUUAAAAUGAUUAGAAGUACAUUAGGCAGAAAUCACAAAUAUAUGCUGACAUUAUUGUGACACCUUUAGACGAAAAACGGCCUUUUUAAAGAUUUAAUCAAGUCAUCUGUAUCAUAAAUUUACCCAACAGUGUAUGAUGCAACCUGUUGCUCCAGUGUUUUUCACUAACGUAAAAAAAAUAACUCAUAUGUGAUACUGCUCUUCCAUUGAACAUGUGUUGUCCUCUUAAACGGGAUCACCAAAGACAGAUUAUAAUCUGAGAUGUAACUCCUAUAGGACCGAUCGAGGUCAAUUUUGAGUUGAGAUGUCCAGCAAAGCCUUGUGCGCAUGAUCAAACGUUCUUGUGUUUCACAUUUGCAAGUUCACUUUUUUAUUUUUUUUUCUGAAUCCAAUAAUAAUAAUAAUAAUAAUAAUAAAGUUCGGUCUGAGAAAGAAGACUUACUCCACGAAAAAAACUCUAGCGAACAUUUGUGGAUGAUUUCUUGAAUAAGCCCUCUAAAAAGGUCUUGUUUUCCAGGGCAUAUGUGUUGUUUUUUUAUUCUUUUUUUUUUAAUGUGGCCUUUAUUGCACUUAAAAAUGAACGAGUCACGACGCCCUGGCUCCUGCCAUAUCCUGUAUACCUCCAAGUGAACAAAUCACGACCUCCACCCCUCCCACAGCUCUCCCUAGUACUAACAAAGCCCAGGCGACAGAGCCCUGCUGUUUGUGUUUUUAAGCAUGGCCUUGGCCCAGUGCUCUGACAAGAAGUUCAGGCAACUAGUCCCACAAUGGAUAUGCUUAUGUGAGACUUUGGGAAAAAAAAAUUGGGACUGAGUGUAUCAUGAUAGAGGUUGGAGAUUAGUACAUUAUGUAGAGAUUACUAACAGUGUAAUUUUUGUAUAAUUUAAAAAGCUGAAGCGAAGGCGAUGAGACACUCUGUUAUGUGACCCUGGUUUAUCACACUGAACUGAGUGGAAUAUUCAUUUAUAAACAGCCAACUCCGGUUGUUUGUAAUUUUAUUAUUUUUUUAUCAUUCUUUCUUGAAUUGACAAAGACAUGUGGAUGGCUAAGUGGUAACAAAUGUAUUUGUGUAAUUGCAAGUACUGUCAUUCUUUGUCUUGAUGCUUUUGAACACAUCUGGGGAACGCUUGCUGACUGAUAAUCUGAGUGAAUGUGAGCUGCUGUGGCAGGGAGCAUAGAAAUGUUAUACUGUGACAUUUAAAAGAAUCUAGCUGGACCGUGUCUGAAUCUGCAACACAAACAUAUCAGCUACAGCGUUAAGAAAGCCUCUUAUCUCUCAAAUUCUGUGUCCAGUGCCAGUAAUGGUGAUUGACUGGAGAACAAAAUGCCACAAUGACAUUUCAGCUGUUUGCCUAUGCACCUUAAAGUGGUGUGGCUUUCUGUAGAACUAGCCUUAAACCAGAAGACCCUGUCUUCUCAGUAUCUACCGUUUUCAAAUGUAGUUUCUCGUGUAUUUCUCCUUUCAACACUUCAAGAUUGCAAAAGAAUAUUCACGAGUCAUUUCUGGUGAAUAUUUAAGUCGGUAAUGACCACCUUAAUGUGGUUGCCAGACUUGCGAAACAAUUUAGAGGAAGACAAGGGAGGUAGAAAAAAAGGCUUGAGAUGCAUUUCAAAAGGCACAUAGCUUUUUGCUCAGGUCAGAUUCCUUUGUAGGGUGAGGGUGGGACUGUGGGUGUCGCUGGCAUUAUGAGAGGAAUAAUGAGAUGAUGCUCUAGGGAGAGAGGGAGACUUGAAUUAAAUGAAACGGUCGGUUUGGCAACAGGCUGUUUGAAGUCAGUCAAUCCUGAAUGGAUGGUAACAUGUGGGGAAAACUUCACCAGCAGGGUUUUUUUUUCUCCUAAAAGAGGAGCAGUGGCUGUUCUACAAUACGACCAACUUCAUCUGCAGCAUUUUCCGCUUAACUCCAUAUUUAUAUUACUAAUUGUUUCCAACUGGCAUGCACGUUUUUUUUAUUUUUUUAUUUAAGACGGCAACAUUUAAUACCAGGACAACACUUUUGUUUCCUCUCAUGGGCGCUCACAUUGAUAAAUAAUGUAGUCCUAAUUUGAUGGUGUGUCUCAUUCUUCUUGUUGGACACCUCUGGACAUGUUCUGGCUGUCUCUGCUCUCCAAAUUCUGGAUCAGUUUACAUGGAGGUGUCUGUGUCCUGACAGCCACACACACCUGCAGAGUGAUAUAGACAUUGUCUCCAUCAUGACAGAUUUCAACUUCAUAUUACAGGGCCUUCUAGGGUCACCUACCACAGUAUAGCUGUAAGUCAGUAAGGCUAUAGGCUGCAGCAACGUGUUGCUUCUGUCGGUGUGUGAAUUUUUUAAUUAUAUAAAAUUUCCUCUUGUCUCCUCUUCUUGAACUUUAUGCAGAGGGCCGUGAAUGUGUAAACUGCGGUGCAACCUCCACCCCUCUGUGGCGGCGGGACGGUACCGGCCACUAUCUGUGCAAUGCCUGCGGACUGUACCACAAGAUGAACGGCCAGAACCGGCCACUCAUCAAACCCAAACGCAGACUGGUGAGUCCCACACUUCUCACUCUAUCCCUUCACCCAGAGAGAAGGCACCCAAAUAUGAGCACAAAGCAGAUGCCGGCAGCACAAUUCCAGGAAAGUUAUAUUUUCCCUAUGAUCUUCCUGGAAUUGUUUGUCCCUCUCACCCCCCAAUGAUCCACCUCCAUGGCCUGUUACAAUACUGCUACUAUUGCCAUUGUUCCUGCUAUCAUUAUUGCUGGUACUUCUGAUACUGUUACUGAUACCAAUGCCCAUGCUGCUUUAGUUAACACCAUGCUGGAGUAAAUGAAAAGCAUGGACAGAUAAUACUCUCAUCCUGGAUGGAUCUCUGCUGCAGAGCUGCACAGCAACUUUGGAAGUUGCAGACCUUUUUCUGUGCACACGUUUAUAAAGUUAUCGAAAAAGGGGUUAUGGAUUUACUUUAAUGCAUAAAUUUGAAUUCCAAUCAUAACAAGUCUAUCUAUCUAUCUAUCUAUCUAUCUAAUGUUACAUAUACACUUUUUUAACUGAGUCCUGGAUUAGGGCUCAGAAUAAAUGGAUUCCUUUAUUAUUAUAACUUUAACUUAACUCAAAAGUUAAGAAAAAUAAGAAAUGGACAAAAACAAUUUUUAAUAAUUCUCUCUUAAAAUUGUCAACUAUUUAAAGAAGUUACUGGUAUCAAAGAUAAUUAUUACUUUGCAAAAUUAGUUAAUUUAAUAGCCUACGAGGGAUUCAGUCAAUACAGUGCAAUACUUUUUAACUAUACAAUGUGGAAAAAUAAUAAUGUAGGCCUAUGUCUGUUAUACAUUGAUAAGAGGAUUAAAAAUCAAAUGAGGUAAAUAAAAAGUCGCUGGUGUGAUGAAGUGAUUAAAUAGAGACAGUACGUUAUGCCUAAAGCAGCUGUCUUUUGCUGAUUUUCUGACUUGUAAACAUCACGCUGAGAAAAAAAGCAUAGUGUAGUGUAUUUUGGAGGUUUUAAUAAAAUCCUCAAAAGCCUGUUAUUGCUGAGACAUUUGUACUGGUAUUUUUCGUGCUCCUCCUUGGCCACCUUCACAUCGUUCCUCCUCAUGAAAAGUCCAUUAGAUUUUCCACUGGCCCGGCCCGUGCGCCUGUAGCUUUUGCAUUUUCAGCUCAAGUGUUUUUCAGAGUUGUGUUCAAAGGGGCAUCCAGUUGUUUCCUAUCCGGAUAUCUGCCCGGCCCAGAUAAGGAAGUCAGGCUCCCGGCUGUUUCCGCCUUCGACCCGCGCGCUGCAUUCUCUGUGGCCGGCCUGACAUAUACUGUAAAGAGAUUAUCACAACACUGGAGGAGCCGCUUAUGUGUGAAGAGACGGAGCGCAAGGGGCGGGAAUUGGAAAAAUAAAUGGAUUUAUGUUCCCGUCUUGUUUGUCACUCUUACUGGCUUGUACAGUUUCGGAUAAACGGGGCAGCUUUUUCAAUAUCAAAAAGGUUAAACCCCCCCUUCUCCUCCCUCUCCAACUCAUGCGUCAUGCGUAAAUGGCUCCGCUGUUAUUGUUGCUCUUCACGCUAAUAGCAAAGAGCGCACCUGAACCUAAUCAAAAGUAAAACUUGGAUGCUGCCUGCAAAGAACAGGGCCGCAGGGUUCCUGCAUGUAAAACUAAUGUUUCUGAUUAUGUGUGAAGAAUUGAUCUGUAAUGGACGCGCAAGCACUUUAGCAGGCAGGACAACAGGUCUUAGACUUAAGAACUUAGAAGUUUACCCGGAACAUGAUCAGAAAAGGGGCUUAUGCUAGAGUUGUGUUAUAGCGUGUUAUACUCGCAUUAAAAUGUAUUAAUGUCGUAAAAAUAAAAGGAUGUAUGGAUGAUUAUAAUGUUGCCGUAUGAGGAAAUCUAAUCACAGCGCUCGUCAUUAAUUGAUUCAAUCGGGAAGUAAGGUUAUUUUUCCACUUUGAGUCCUUUUUACUUAAUGCUUUUCUGCACGUGGUUUGGGGGUCAAAGAACAUUUACGCGCCGCUCUGUCUGACUGACUGUCUGUCUCCUGUUAAUUUUAUGCUGAUGAUCAGUGUACGAAAUGCCACUAAUACGGCUUAAAUGACGGAACGGGGAAAAGAUAGGCUUUCCUAGGUGCCUAGAGAAGCGUGAUUUUUUUUGUCAACCGUGUUUGUGUGUCCGUACUGACCAGGGCUGAUUAUUCAUGAUGUCUUUCCCCUGUUUCCCUUUCAGUCCGCUGCUCGACGCGCAGGCACCUGCUGUGCAAACUGCCAGACCACCACCACCACCCUGUGGAGGCGCAACGGGAACGGAGACCCGGUGUGUAACGCCUGCGGCCUUUACUUUAAACUGCACAAUGUAAGUAGCUGGAAAAAUGCGAUUAUUUGUUUAUAUUUUUAGAGGAGGGUUGCGGUGGAGGUGGGGGUGGGGGUGUAGGUCGUUAACUGGUUAAGUGGGCGGACAGCUUGUAUCGAUUUAGGGGCAGAGAAACUGUGAGAGUGUGGAAGCAAAGCCUGCUCACCCUGUGGAGCUGAACCCACCAGUCUCUCUGUUGUUUUUUUUCCUUUCUUUUUUUUUUAUUAAUCCAUCGUUGUGUCAAUGGGGGGCGUUACUCCCAGGAGAGGCUGCGGGGUGGGACUGUCAUUCAGUGUAACGGCGUCGGUUACACUGAUGAGGAUUUGUCUGAGGCUGCUCCUUUCAGAUCCAGCCAGCCCUCAUCCCCGUGUAUUCAUAUUGACACUGAGUUCUGUUUGGUUUUAAAUUUGACAAAAGAUCCAAAACGCCCCCUGACUCGCCUCUAAAUGGGGCUAUAAAUGCAAAACAGCUGCUUAUUAUUUAAAGCACUCAUAUCACAGGGUAAACACUCAUGAUAGUGGCCCACAAUAAAAGUAAUGCAUGUAAAUCUUAAUUGGAGACCGGUUCGCCUUAUGACCGAUGACAUUUAAAGUUAUGAGCUGGUAAACAGGCUGGAGCGAACAGAAAAAAUAAAAAUCCAUUCACACUGUCAGUGAAACUUUUGUCCUGGUUGCCUUGAACUAAUGCACUGUUCUCCACAGGUCAACAGACCCCUGACCAUGAAAAAAGAAGGCAUCCAGACACGCAACCGCAAGAUGUCAAGCAAGUCCAAGAGGAACAAACGAUCAGGGGACGGCUUCGAUGAGCUAUCCAAGUGCAUGCAGGACAAGGCCUCACCCUUCGGCACGGCACCCAGCCUCACCAGUCACAUGGCCCACAUGGGUCAUCUGCCCCCCUUCAGCCACUCGGGACACAUGCUGCCGACUCCCACGCCCAUUCAUCCUUCAUUCGGUCACCCCCACCACUCCAAUCGCUCGCCAGUCUGGGCAGAGCCUCACUGAGGUCCUUUCAGAAUCUGGACUCCUCUGCCCAAAGGAGCCACAACCCACUAUGAACACUACAUGGCCUCUACAUCCCGUCAGUGCUGGGCAGACUUGUUGCGUCAUGUACAGUGGUCGGAGGGGAAAGACCUUCAGUUGGAUUUAAUGACUGAGGGUCACGUCAUGCCUGACCUCACUGAUGGGACGCUGCAGAGCAGGACUUAAGCAGACUAUGUGAAGAGCUAAUGUGACGAGGGGUUUGUUAGCCCCUGGGUGUCUGAGGCAUGCAGGAAUGAAGUGAAUGGAGACGUUUGUCAUUCUCUUUGCUUAUUUUUACUAAGUCACUUUGGUACCCACCUCUCCUUGGCCCUGUAACAGGACACUCAAGAGAGGUCUCAAACAGAACAGCUGUUUUCACCUGAUGACCAUCUCUUCACGCACCCUGUCCAUUUGUCUGUUGUCCGCAAGGACGAACUCUUCUGUGCUGGAAGUCUCAAGACGAGCUCGGACUGGCACAGCUACAGCCCGGCACCAGCUGUUAUGAACCAGCUGAACACAGUACCCACAAACCAGUGCUCUCCUCACAUGCUGGAUUGUACGCCACCCCGCCGCUCACCUGUUUUUAAUAAUGGACUUUUAUGGAAAAAAGACACAGUGAAUAGAGUGUUUAUAAAUGCUUAAUUGCUAUUAUUAUUGUUAUAUUUGAUGUUAUAAUUAUUGCUACGAUAAUUUAUUUUCACUCUUAAAGCUUUUGUCAAGGACACAUGGAAACUGUUAUGAUUUGAAUUUCAUGGUUAUUACGUAAAGAAAAACACUGACCUAUCUUAGACGAGAAGUCCCUGAGCUGUACGUUUUUAUCAUUUUUCCAUCUCACAAAAGUAAAGGAAAUAAAGUUUAAUACUAAAGUCAAAUCUGUCACCGCCUCACAAGUCAAGUCUGUCUUUUAUCAUCACUCUUCCAUUUUUGCACAAAAACAUACAGCAUUAGACUAAACUUUCCUUCUAAUGAUGAGUGCUGGAUUAUUGAAAUCAUAAGUGGUAUCAGAUGCAUCAGGGGAAGCUCUGUGAUCCCUACAGCGUAAUAAUGCUUUGGUCAAGCUCCUCCUCUAUCUUUUAUGGUUCCUUGUUAAGAGAAGGCCUCUUUGUGGAGCCGAGGCCCCAGGCUGGACCAUUGUACCCAGACAGCAGACUCCAGGAGUCACACACAGUCAUACAUGUGCACAUGCUCGCGCUCGAACACUCGGGGGAAAAAUAAACACAAACACUUAUUCCCAUCCUAAUUUCAGCAACAACCCAUCCUAACUCUCAAGUCGAGAUAUCUUUUUGAACUAAAUGCUUCGUGAAUCUGAACCAGCUCUUACUGAGUCAUGAGCCUUUCUCGCUGUUUGUGUCAGAGCGGCCCUCUCUGUUGGCUCUGGUGAUUGGAGUGAGAGGAAGGACAGCGGGUCUUUAGUGGGAGAGAGAGGAGGAAGGAAAGGCAAUCAGGCGACCUGAGCAAACACGUGGGGGUCUGCUUUGGCCCUUCGCACACAGAUGUGCACGCAGCUGAGGCUGCCAGGAAACAGGCGUCGACUCUUUUGCUCCCUCUUCUUGUCCUCUUUUUCUUUCUCUUUGCUUUGUUUAUCUUUUUUCACUCUCUCUCUUCUGGUUUUUACUCUUAUUCUGUUUGUCUUUAACAUUCCUUUAUUCUCUGUCUCUCAAUGUCGGCCAUGUCUCUCCCUCCCAUUUAAAUGAUUAUGGUAAAAAAAAAAAAAAAGAAAAGAAAAAAAAAGUGGGCUGAAGAAACUUUGAACAGAGCCAGCUGCUAAUGAGUCUGCUCGAUUAGGGCCAAUUUGAGGUCAUCAUCAGUGAGUUCAGCAUAGACUCACACACCCACAGCACAGACCAUCCGAUUAAACGGUCUCGGCUAAAUGUGGACCACUACCCCUCCAUGAACCCUCCACCCUGCUCACAUCUGCUGGACUGCUGUUGAGGCUGAGCUGCUGGGGUUUCCCAGAGGCUUGAUCAUCUCGAUUUGGAAAUAAUAUUUAUCCAGGAAUUUAGGUACGUGCUGUGUUGUUAUCCAGUGUGACUGCUGCACUGUGCAGUGAGCUAGAGCCACCUCACAGCAGCCACAACACUGGGCUGGAGAGCGGCAAUAAAGUGUGUGUGUGUGUUGUCACAGAGGGGGUGGGAUCCCCCUGAUCAGCUUGCUGGACAUCAGUGAAAAUGUAACGCUCAACUGCCAACAAGCAGGCCAGACAUCUGUGUGUAGCGCAGUGCUUUAGGUGCUGGGCCGUGUACAGGCCACGGCUCCAGCAGUUUGGGUGCUGCUGCAGCCAGAGAGCUUGCUUGGCCGGGCUUGGCCGGACUCCCGGAGCCUGAGAGGAGGAGACGGAGAGAGCCAGCACUCUUCAGAGAGGCCCUCCAGAGGGAGGGGGCCGCCGUCCCAAAAAUAAUACAGCAGUUUGCCAGGCCAGCGACUCCCAGAGUUACCCUCGUCUGAGCACAUACACACAGAAAUAAACACACAUGUGCAAUAAAUACAUACAAUUAUAGUGUGUGACAAACCUCAUGUCUGCAUGGGGGCAGUGUGGGUGUUUGUGGUGGGUAGAGCGGCGUAAGAAGACUUAAGGUAGCAGGCACAUGAUGUGCGGCUUGCUCUUGAAAUAAACACUUGGCAAAGUGCGAUGGUGGUCAGCGUGUGCUACCAAUGCUUCAUUUUCUACCUCAUUAAAUUCAUACUGACUCUAUAAUGGGCGAGUUUUAUAUACUUCAUACUCGCCAAGCCUCACUAGACCUCCAGCUCCAUUGACUGAGACAGUCCCUAACCCUAACUCACACCAUGAAUUGUGGGACACCGAAAGAGUCAUAAAAUAAGAUGUUACUUAUCUUCACAAUCAAAGUGGAGCUCCAUGUAAGUGAUGAGAGGAGAUCUCGGCUGCGUCGGCAGGGUGAACAUGGUGGCCACCUAGAUCAGAGAAAAGAGAGGUUUACGACUUCAACCUGGAACUGGAUGUUUCAACUCAUCUAGACUCCCUACCUCCUCCUUUUUUCUCCCCCCUCCGUUCUUCCGUUCAUCCCCCCUCUGCUGGCACUCGUUCCCCUUCUGAGCUCCAUGUAACUCUUCAUUUUCCCCCCUCUUCAUCCCCCUGACUACUCCCACUUUCCUCUUGUCUCCCACUCCCCCGGUGUAUUUGUUUUUCCAUCAAAUUGAAUUAGUGGAAUCAAAAGGUAUCCCGACCAUCCCCUCGCAAAGUUGAGUUAGGGAGAGAGGGACGCAGAAGAUGAAAGGAAGUGGAGCAUGGUUCAGAUGCAGGUCUCUUCGUGUGUGUGUUGCAGGGGGGGUUGACCUUUGCCUGAGCCUUACUACAAAAGCAUCCCUCCUUCCUCAGACCCCUAGAAGGAUAUUAAGACUGCAAGACAGGACAGUAUUUAGAUAAUAAAAACACAGAACAUGCAUUACUGCCUCUAUUUGCCGUCAACUUCGGUCACUCAGUGAGUCGCUUCUUUGCAGCCCUUGAGCAAGCACUUCACUGUUUCAAUUUUAAUAGCUACAGAGUCAUAGUGAGUGUGCUGUGAUCAGACCUUGUGAACUUCCUCUUUUCAUGGAUCAAGAGAAAUUCAUAGAAAUACCCCUCUGACAGGAAAGAGGUGGGUACGUUCAGUAAAACACCUGGUGAGCACUUUUCAUAGAAAUCAUCUUGUAAUACUUGAACAACUCUUAGCACACUGAAAGUAAUCAAGCAUAAAAUGUAGAGAUGUUGUGACUGUCAAAGCGUUGAAAGUAAGAUCUGUCACGAAGAGAGAAGCUGAGCUGACAGCUGAUAAUCACUGAUGACCUCUGUUGACAGGAAACGACCGCAACCCGGACUGCCAGGACACCAAAUCUUACUGAUGAUCUCCACAAAUGCCAGAAAAGGCCAAAAGUUUUCCAUCUUGCUUCAUUUUGUCUCUCUCAUGACCCAGACAAUCCCUCAUGAUUUUUUUUUCCUACCUCAGGCCAAACUCUAAAUGGCUGCUAUAGCACAGAAAUUACAGCCGCACACUGAGCUUGACUGAGGAUGCAGCUUUUUUUGAAACUGUGAAAAACAUGAAAACAGGAAGCGAGAAGUUCACGCAGGAAAUACUCAUAUUGAGCUAAUAAGAUCAAUUCAGACCAGAGAGAUGUAACAGGAGCUGUGCAAUGAGACCAGGGAUACCACAGUGUGUCCAUGUAAUCAAAUUCAGUUAAAGAAUCCACUGGUAAAGCACAGGCGAUUCAAUUUAACAGGUAGAAAUGCGAGGUGUGUAUUCAUACUGAAAAAUAUGUUAUUAUUAGUUAUCGAGGUAACCCUUUCUUUUACGGUACACUUAUUACCUGGUAAUUAACAGGUAAUUACCUAGUAACAACAUGACAUUAUCUGGUAAGAACAUGAUAACUACUGAGUCAACACUGUCUAGUUUUUCUUUUUUCUGUGCAGCUCCAUUUUUUAAAAGCUAUUUGGGGUUCUUAUUUUCCAUGAUUGACACUUGAUACAGCCUAUGGGCGUUCUCUUGGCGACUCUCCCGCCGAAUGCGUACGGUGCUACUGCCCAAGUGGUGUUUCCAGGAAGCGGAGAAAAUCCUGGAAAUACCAGAGCAAUUCGGCUUCAAAUUUGUAUGAUAAUGGAAGGUUACCUACCUGGUAGCUAGACAGUAUUGACUUAGUAGUUAUCAUGUAAUUACCAGAUAAUUUCAUGUUGUUACUAAUUGCUAAUGUUGGUAAUAUCGAUAGAUAGACACAUAUUGCUUGAUUCAUCCCUCAGUGGGGGGAAUCAAAAUUGUCCACAGCAGCAGUACACACAACAUACACAUUCACAUACAAUGGGUACAAAAACAAAUAAGAUAAAAGAACCAGUGUAAAAUAAAAAGAGCAGUGCAAGAGAAGAACAGUAUAAAAGACAAGUAUAAAGAAAAAUAAAAAAGAGAAAAAGAUCAGUAUGGAUGUGAUGAUGAUGAUAUUGCACAUGAUUAAUAAAUAAUUAGUAGUGUAUGGAGUUGUUCUGACUAUUUAUAUUUUUUAAUCAAAUUUAUGUACUCCUUAAUACAUAACAGUUAUCACUCUGGUUCAGUGAGUAUCAGUGUUGGAUCCGCAUUUACAUACAGAGAAGAAGAACAAGCACAGCUGCAACAAGCUCACUGGAGAGUAACAAUGGUGUCACCAGUGUUUAUCUUUACUGAAUCAGAGGAGGAUAACAGUUUUCCAAGGGGAGGAAAAAUGUCCCCAAGUUUUAUAACUCACCCAAAAAUCAGUCAUCACAACAAAGAUACACUGAAGGAAAACAAAGCAGAAGUUAGCUCUCAUUAAUAGAUUGUUGAGGGCCGUCAUACCGGCCGGGGAUCUGCAUGAAGUUAAACACAGAAAACCCAAAUCUAAAGAAAUUAAUGACAUAAUCACUGAGCAGUACAGUAGUGGAUGAACCAGCUUUUUCCAACGCAGAGGACCAAGAAUUUCUCCAGCUAAUAGCAUAAUUGAAACAGUGUCCACAGAAGGAUGGACUUGUAUGCUUUCUCUGACAUGAAAGACAUCAUUGCAUGCACAGGUGUGCUCC